AUGGCGGCGUCUGAGCAGACGAAGAGCGGAGCGCCUGCAGAGGUAGCCAGCUUGCCCAUCACCGUAGAGUUUUCCGGCGGUCUCGAAAUGCUGUUCGCGAAUGAGAGGGUGCAUCGGAUGGAAGUUCCCUUGAAGACAGCCGCAGGCGACAGACCGAACAUCAAUUGGCUCAUCGACUACCUCUGCAAGAACAAAAUGAAGGACCCGCGGAAAGAUUUGUUCGUGCUUGACGACACCGUCCGUCCGGGAAUCCUCGUACUCAUCAACGACAGCGACUGGUCGCUGGAGGGCGAAGGUGAAUAUGAGAUCCAGGCGAAAGACCACAUCAUGUUCAUCUCGACACUCCACGGCGGCUAA